AUGCCGGGUGGCAAAGCUGAGGGCGCAAGCCCCCAGCAAGGCCCCAGCCGGGCCACCGGUGCUGGGUGUCUCACGCAGCCCCCCGGCAGGGAGCAGCCAGCACCCCUGGGUGCACUGUCCUGGAAUGGGGGGGGGGGACAGGACACCCUCAGUGCUCACCUCCAGGCCAUCAGGGUCGUCCGUGGCAGUGAUGGUGAAGCAGGAGAGCUUGGGGCCAGCAGCAUCGGGGCGCUCGUAGAAGAUCAGCUCCCCUUGCCCGUCCUGGGAAGGCACCUGGGCCUGGCAGCUGCCCCACAUCUCUGCAGGGCUGCUGGGGUGGGGGCCGCGGGGACUCACUGCCUGUGUCCACAGGGUGUGGACUCACUCGUGCUGGAGAGCGUGAUGUUCGCCAUCCUGGCCGAGCGGGCGCUGGGGCCACGGCUCUAUGGGGUCUUUCCCCAGGGGCGGCUGGAGCAGUACAUUCCGAGCCGGCGCCUACGGACCGAGGACCUGCAGGACCCCGACAUCUCCAAGGAGAUCGCAGUGAAGAUGUCCCGGUUCCAUGGCAUGGUGAUGCCCUUCAACAAGGAGCCCAAGUGGCUGUUUGGGACCAUGGAGUGGUAUCUGAAGCAGAUUUCGGAGCUCACCUUCCCCAAGGAAGAGCAGCUGAAGAAGUUCAACCACCUCAAGACCUAUAACCUGCAGGAAGAGAUGAAGAGCCUCAGGGAGCUGCUGGAGUCCACCCCCUCGCCGGUGGUCUUCUGCCACAACGACGUCCAGGAGGGGAACAUCCUGCUGCUGGCUGGACACGAGGCUUCCUCCUCCGACAAGCUCAUGCUCAUCGACUUCGAGUACAGCAGCUACAACUACCGGGGCUUCGACAUCGGCAACCACUUCUGCGAAUGGGUUUACAACUACACCCACGAUUCCUGGCCCUUCUUCAAGGCGUCCCCGGAGAACUACCCCAGCCGGCAGCAGCAGCUGCAUUUCAUCCGGCAUUACCUCUCGGAGGACUCGGGGCGACGCGGGGACACUACGCACGAGGAGCAGGCCCGCAUCGAGGAGGAGAUGCUUACAGAGAUCAAUCGGUUCACUUUGGCCUCCCACUUCUUCUGGGGCCUGUGGUCCAUUGUGCAGGCGAAGAUCUCCACCAUCGAGUUCGGGUACCUGGACUAUGCACAGAGCCGCUUUGAGGCCUACUUCCAGCACAAGGCGCAGUGCUCCUGAGAGCAGCCGCCCCAGCCCUGCCUGCGCUCACCUUGACUCCACAGCUUCCCCCUGCCCACCCCGGCAGCGCCUGUGCCGCGGGUCAGGCCAGGGACGCGGUGUCCCCUUCCCAGUGGCCCACCCCCCGUGCUGUGAG